AUGAUUGAUUUUUCCUGUAUGCUUCCUGGACUAAGAAUAAUGUUCUAGCUACAUUAAGCAAGAAACACCAGGAAUUAUUCAUCUUAAGUUUUUCAGUAAACAACAUGUUCUCUAUCAUCUUUUUGUACUCAUUCUUGUUAUGUACUUUUCUUCAUUGUUGCAUUGCUAAAGAUGUGAUAGCAUACAACAGUUUGCUUAGUGAAGAAAAAGGUGAUACUAUUGUUUCAUCAGGAGAGAAAUUUGAACUUGGGUUCUUUACUCCUAAUGGAAGCUCUGGUAUUAAUAGAUACGUAGGAAUUUGGUAUUACAGAUCGAAGCCACAAACUGUCGUGUGGGUUGCAAAUAGAGACAACCCUCUUUCAGAUACUCGUGGAGUUUUUACUAUUGCAGAAGAUGGAAAUCUUAAGGUGUUGGAUGGCAAUAGGAAGAUUUACUGGUCAUCAGGUCUCGAAAGUUCAUCAUCAAUGAUCAGGACAGCAAAGCUCAUGGACACUGGUAAUUUUAUUAUGGGCGAUAGAGAGCAAGGAAACGACUCAGUUCAAAUUGUCUGGCAGAGUUUUGAAAAUCCAACUGACACAUUUCUUCCUGGCAUGAAAAUGAGCGGAAAAUUAGUACUGAAUUCAUGGAAGAGUUACAAUGAUCCAGCAACAGGAAAUUUCACAUUUCAACAAGAUCAAGAGGAAGCAAACCACUUCGUUAUCUGGAAAAGAUCGAAAAGGUACUGGAAAAAUGAAGAUCAUGGAAACUUCAUUAGUUCUGAUGAGAUGGCUUCUGCAAUUCUCUACUUGCUAUCAAACUUCACCUCUACAGCAGUCCAAAAUGACUCUGUGCCAUAUCUCACCUCCUCAUUAUACACUUCUACAAGGCUGGUCAUGAGUUUUUCAGGCCAAAUUCAGUAUCUGUUGUGGGAUAGUGAGAAGAUUUGGUCUGUGCUAUGGGCAGAUCCUAGAGAUAGAUGCAGCGUGUAUAAUGCAUGUGGAAAUUUUGGCAGCUGUAACAGCAAAAAUGGUUUGGUUUGCAAGUGUUUACCAGGUUUUAAGCCUAGCUCACAGGAUAACUGGAAUCAUGGAGAUUAUACGGGCGGAUGCACUAGGAAGUCAACACUAUGUGGCAACAAUGCUGACAGUGAUACAUUUUUGAGCUUAAAGAUGAUGAAAGUGGGAAACCCGGAUUCCCAAUUCAAUGCCAAAAGUGAAGUGGAGUGCAGAGUAGAGUGCCUUAACAACUGUGAGUGUCAGGCUUAUUUCUAUGAAGAGAUGGUGGACAAAAAAAUGGGUGGGAGUAGUAGUUCAACAUGUUCGAUUUGGUCACAGGACGUCACCAACCUUCAGGAGGACUAUGAAGGUGGCCGGCAUCUUCAGGUUCGUGUAGCAGUUUCAGAUAUAGAAUCAACAGCAAGAAGCUGCGGAAGUUGUGGCACGAACCUGAUACCUUAUCCCUUGAGUACUGGACCAAAGUGUGGUGAUCUUACCUACUAUAGUUUUCGCUGCGAUAUCUCAACUGGCCAGUUAAGCUUUGAAGCACCAAGCGGCACCUACCAUGUCACAAGCAUCAAUGUGGACACACAAACAUUUGUUAUCCAAGCUAAUGAUGCAGAUCAAUGUAGAGAUGAAAAAUUUCUGAAGCUCAACCAGUCUUCUCCAUAUAAUGUGACAAAGAUAUGCAAUGCUGAUCCAGCCCGUUUUAGUCCCAAUUUGUCAAUUAAAGGAGGAUAUGAAGUUGAAGUUGCUUGGAAGUCACCCUCGGAACCACCUUGUUCGUCAUCUACAGACUGCAGGGACUGGCCUCAUUCAAUAUGUGGAGCUACUCUAGAUGGGAAGAAAAGUUGUCUUUGCCCUGCAAACUCAAAAUGGGAUAGCAGGAGUAUAAAUUGUACUCAAGAAGUUGGUGAUAGAAAGCAAACUGGUGAACAGGGGAAGAUGACAGUGGCUCUAAUCAUUGCAGUAACUUGCAUAAGCGUAGUUGUUCUAGCAAUUCUUUCAAGUACCUCUAUUUAUGCUUUUCUAUGGAGAAGAAAGCAUUUUAGGACUCAAGGAGGCAGGGCAAAUCUUCAGAAGAGUUCAACACUUCAUCAAUUUUAUGACAGUGAGAGAAAAGUUAAGAACUUGAUUGAAUCAGGCCGAUUUAGGGAUGAUGAUACCGAGGGCAUUGAUGUACCAUCUUUUGAUUUGGAAAGCAUACUGAUAGCUACAAAAUACUUCUCCAAUGCCAAUAAACUUGGACAAGGAGGAUUUGGUCCUGUCUAUAAGGGUAAGCUUCCGGGAGGAGAAGAAAUCGCUGUAAAAAGGCUCUCGAGUUGUUCAGGCCAAGGCUUAGAGGAAUUCAAAAAUGAGGUUUUGUUAAUUGCCAAACUCCAACAUCGGAAUCUGGUUAGGCUUUUGGGCUAUUGCGCUGAGGGAGAUGAAAAGAUGUUAGUCUAUGAAUACAUGGCCAACAAAAGCUUAGACUCUUUCAUAUUUGAUCGAAAAGUAUGCGCAUCAUUGGACUGGAAUACACGCUUUAACAUCAUCUUAGGACUUGCUCGGGGGCUUCUUUAUCUUCACGAAGAUUCUAGAUUAAGGAUUAUUCAUAGAGAUCUGAAAACUAGCAACAUUCUACUGAGUGAAGAGAUGAACCCCAAAAUAUCAGACUUCGGCUUGGCAAGGAUCUUUGGAGGCAAUGAAACUUCAGCAAAUACCAAUAGAGUAGUGGGAACAUAUGGCUAUAUGUCUCCGGAGUAUGCAUUAGAUGGGUUAUUCUCAGUAAAGUCUGAUGUUUUUAGCUUUGGUGUAGUUGUGAUUGAGAUCAUCACUGGGAAAAGGAACACAGGAUUUUAUCAGCCUGAAAGGUCAUUGAGUCUUCUUGGCUAUGCAUGGCAUUUGUGGAAAGAAGAAAAGGCAUUAGAUUUGCUAGAACACACACUUUGUCAGAGCUGCAAAAAGGAUGAGUACUUCAAGUGUGUCAAUAUUGGACUCUUAUGUGUGCAAGAAGAUCCGGGUGAUCGGCCAACCAUGUCGAAAGUGGUUUUCAUGCUCGGAAGUGAUAGUGCGACAAUUCCAACCCCUAAACAACCUGCUUUUGUUGUUAGACGAUGCCCUUCUAGUUCUAGCAGGGCUUCUAACUCUUCAAGCAAACCUGAAACAGUUUCUAACAAUGGGUUAACUGUCACCUUAGAGGAGGGUCGAUAGCAAAAACAUUGCAUCGAUUUUGAUUUUGUUCUUGAUGUAAUCCUUAUUCUCUCUUUUUCAUUGAUCAUGAUCUUUGGAGGUGUUGGUA